CAACUCAGAUCCUCACGCUCGCUCCGCCAAAAAGUUCACUCCUCCCACAUCCGCCAAUUCGAUUGCCUGGUGACCGCCAACAUCAUCAGGUUAGUACCAGCCCGCGAGAGGACGACUCAAUACUCUGAUCAACGACAUCGACGACUGCCGGUCUUGAUAUCCAGCUGAUUGAGUUGCUUCAUCUCUCAAACCGCAAUCAUGGGUAUCUCUCGUGACUCCCGCCACAAGCGAUCCGCUACCGGUGCCAAGCGCGCCUACUACCGGAAGAAGCGCGCUUUCGAGGCUGGCCGCCAGGGUGCCAACACCCGUAUUGGUGCCAAGCGUGUCCACACCGUCCGAACCCGUGGCGGUAACCACAAGUACCGUGCUCUCCGUCUCGACUCUGGUAACUUCGCCUGGGGCUCCGAGGGUUGCACCCGCAAGACCCGUGUCAUCGGUGUCUCUUACCACCCCUCCAACAACGAGCUGGUCCGAACCAACACCCUCACCAAGAGCGCCGUCAUCCAGAUCGAUGCCGCUCCCUUCCGACAGUGGUACGAGGCCCACUACGGCCAGUCCCUCGGCCGAAGACGCCAGAAGGCCCAGGCCGCCAAGGAGGGCAAGGUCGAGGAGGAGGUGAAGAAGAGCAACGCCGUCGAGAAGAAGCAGGCCGCCCGCUUCUCCGCCAACGGCAAGGUCGAGAACGCUCUCGAGAAGCAGUUCGAGGCUGGUCGUCUUUUCGCCGUCGUCUCCAGCCGACCCGGCCAGUCCGGUCGCUGUGACGGCUACAUCCUCGAGGGUGAGGAGCUGGCUUUCUACCAGCGCAAGAUUGCCCACAAGUAGAGUGGUUCUACUUAGGUGAAAGAGUGUCCACCCUUGGUAUGGUGUUACGGAUUUCUCGCUGUCUUGGUAUUUCAGGGCAUGAAGAGCUUCACAUGAGCAUCGGAUCGGGUCCAUAGGGAAUGAAAAAAUUUCUUGCGAUGAAUUGAACUCAUAAUCAAGGUCUUUUCUCUUUAAUCGUGAUAAUUGGGUCUAGCCACAUCUAUUGGGGUGCUUUUUUCACCAUUUCCUAUUGCCCGCCUGCAUAGCACUAACAAUACAAAAGUUUU